AUGAUAGUCGGACAACGGGCCAUCGAUGAUAGUUGGCUCAAACACAGAGGCUGGCCAGGCUCCUGUCCUCCGUGUCUGGCUCGCCACCUGGCCUCCAUGAGUUUAAAUGAGGACAAACCAGCCCUCCCUGGAAGGCUCUCACAAGCCUGUUAUAUGGGAAAUGCUUCAGACACGUCCACUUUGUUUGCCUCCAGCAUCUCUAAGGAUAAAGACAUGCUCAUGGGCUCGGUCUACAGUGUGUUCUGUAUUUUGUCCCUAUUGGGCAACUGCAUCCUGCUACUGGUCGCCUACCACAAGCGAUCAACCUUGAAACCAGCAGAGUUCUUCAUCAUUAAUCUCUCCAUCAGCGACCUUGGGAUGACGCUCUCUUUGUUUCCAUUGGCAAUCCCCUCAUCUUUUGCACACAGGUGGCUGUUUGGAGAAAUCACCUGCCAGCUCUAUGCCAUGUGUGGGGUUCUGUUUGGCCUCUGCAGCUUGACAAACCUCACAGCCCUCUCCUUUGUGUGCUGCCUCAAAGUCUGCCUCCCAAACUACGGUAACAAGUUCUCCCCCUCACAUGCUCGCCUCCUGGUGGCUGGAGUGUGGUGCUACGCUUCCGUGUUUGCCGUGGGGCCCUUGGCCCAGUGGGGGCGUUACGGCGCCGAACCCUACGGCACAGCCUGCUGCAUUGACUGGCAUGCACCCAACCACGAGCUUUCGGCUUUGUCUUACAUCCUCUGCCUUUUUGUCUUUUGCUAUGCGCUGCCCUGCACCAUCAUCUUCCUCUCCUACGCUUUCAUUCUGCUGACUGUGCGGGGCUCGCGUCAGGCCGUCCAGCAGCAUGUGUCACCGCAGACCAAGACCACCAAUGCACACACUCUCAUUGUGAAGCUCUCAGUUGCAGUCUGCAUAGGCUUCCUGAGCGCCUGGAGCCCUUAUGCUAUCGUGGCCAUGUGGGCUGCUUUUGGAGACGCCACGCAGGUCCCCCCCGACUCAUUUGCCCUCGCCGCCGUGUUUGCCAAGUCUUCCACCAUCUACAACCCCAUGGUCUAUCUGCUCUGUAAGCCAAACUUCCGCGAGUGCUUGUACAGAGACACGUCCAUGCUGCGGCAGAUGAUCCAAAGGGGGAGCCCGCAGCCCCAGGAACGCUUUGGAUCCGCCUCGCAGCGGAACAAGGACACGACUGCCUCUACAAGAUUCUCAAACGGACAGCAGGAGAGCUACGGGGCAUGUGUGAACUGCGGCGACAACACGGGGCUGUGUCGUGUGACUGCGCCCCAAAUGACUGCGUCCAUCCUGACUGGAUCGCCCUACGCGGAGGUGACAGUUACCCAGCUCGCUACCAAACCGCUACCAGAUCUCCUCUAAUGGGACAGCCUCCUGCUUUCAUGAAGCAAAUGAGAGAGGACACAUCCUCAAGGAGACAGAAAGAUGACUUGCCCACAAAAGAGCUGCACGAAGCAGUGUGUUUUCCUUGUAACCCCACAGGGCUUACAAGGUUGCCGACACACUCGAAUGACUUUCAUUGUGAUUAUCCCUAAAACUCCCAACAUCUCAGUUGGCUGUAACUUUGUCGGAGCCACAGCGACUUCUACUGACGUCUGUUUUACCAGAUAUUUAACUGGUUACCAAAGGAGCAGAAAACGAGACGGGAGAAUCCUUUUGGGCUCAGGGUUAAUCAGGAAAACGCACACCUCUGCGUUUAAAGGGAGGGGUUUACCAGCACGCACUAAACACAGAUGUAAGGAGAUGGUUUGAGUUUUGCUAAAGUAGGGAUGUGUGGCUGUAGUGUGAGGCGACACUUAAGCCAAACUGAUCAUAGAGACCCUGCAGGUUUGAACGUCUGUAUGAAUGUUUUGUCCUCGUCACCAUCGAGAUCAAUAGUAUCAACGACACAAAGUCAAACGGGACGGCUGCUGUUUUCUAUUAAAGGUGGAGCAACAAACUGAAACAGCGGCCACUUCAAACCCACAGGGGCAGAGUACUUGAUGCCAGAGAGACAGAUAUGCUGAUGAAGUCAGCGGUUGUUGAGGCUCCACAGUUACAUGAGGUCUGCAGGUUAAUUAUUUGAAAAGAUUUUCUUAAAUCUAACAUUGGUUGCUGGCAGGUAUUUUCAUCUCCAGACCUGCUAUUUUCAAACAUCAAUUUGCAGCUUGGUUUGACUAUAAGAUAUAGCUGCUAAAGCAAUACAAUCUUCGGUGAAAAAAAAGAAAAAAAUAGCAUUGAAUAAGUUGUGUUGCUACUAAUCUAGAAGAAGGAGUGAAGUAAUGCUCUACAGUUAAUUUUCCUCUUUUUAAAAAUGUCUGAGCUGAAAAAUUGAAUUCAUUUAAAUGGGAAAAAAAACUUUAUGACUGAAAGGAAAUCAUAUAAUAUAGAUGGAAAAAUGUAGUCUGCAUAAUGACUCAAGAUUACAAAUCAGCACCCACCAUCCAACAAGGGUCAAAGAUUACAUGACAACUGCUUUUCUACAGUACGUUUGCAUCCAUCAACUAAAAAAAGAUGUUCCUUUACGUUAGCUGUGGAAAUGGUCUUACCUGGUCCUGCAUGUAGGCACCAAAACUCUAUGGUUGAAAAUGCAAACAGCACUUUGUCAUAUUUCAUUCUGCAGUCCCCUUUUUAAAGUGAAACUGUGCUGUGUGGCUUCACAUGCAUGUAACAAACAAAAGAAUAAACUACUUUUGCAGUCGUCAUUUUUAAAGCUAAAAUAUUGUGAGCCUUAUCUAAUAAAGAGAUGAAAAUGUUCAGGA